UCCCGCAGGGCCCCCAGCAGCACUGCCGUGCCCGUCAGGGUGACCCAGAGGCCCCAGGACCAAGAGCCAAAUGCCAGCGAGGUGUCGCACAAUGGAAGUGUGCAGGAUGUCAAAUUGUAUAACCCACUUGGAGGUUUGCAGGCACAUAUCAGAGAGGCAUGGUCCAAAGAACAGGAAGUGGAGAAAGGCAUUAAAAGUUUGACCUACAUUGAAAGAUUGAAGGAGCGUGUAAAGAAAGUGAAAAUACCAGAGCUCAGGAGAGCCCCAUGCAGCUCUCCAGAUCUUGUGCCUGAGAGGAAGAGAACGAUGCCCACGAACCCUGCCAAAUUCUUCCAGAGACUUUCCAGGACUGUUUCCCAACGACCCAUCAGAGACAGGGUGAUUCAUUUACUGGCUCUCAAGAAUUACAAGAAGCCAGAGCUACUUUCCCACUUAGAAAGAGAGGGAGUUGUGCAAAAGGACAAGGAAUCUCUUGGAAAGAUCCUUCAGGAGGUAGCCAACCUGGAUGCAAAUGAGAAUUCUUUCAGCCUGAAGGAACAUUUCUUUAAAGACAUCCAGGAAGAUUGGCCUGGCUACACUGAAAGAGAUAGACAGACAUUGGAGGUGACCCUUUCUCAAAAACCAACUCCAUCUCAGAAUUCCACCAGCACCAGCCAGUCACCAUCUCUGGGACCUUCUGAAGGAGAUACUCCACCCAGAACUGCUCAGAAACGGCCUCUGGAUUCUGACUUUCUCAGUCCUGUGAUGGGCAAGAAGCAGAGGAUUGACCAAGAGCCCAGUGAUGUCCAGCCAGCAGCUGGUGGCCACUCUCCUUCUUUCUUGGACCUGCCUUCCACAUCCUGUUCAAUUUUGAACAUGUCUCCAAGUGUCAGAUCCAUUUCCGCUUCCACCGAAGUACAACUGAGAAAUAAGGUUCUGACACAUUCUGGAUUCCCAGUGUCUGCCAGGGUGCAGGGGAAGACUCCCAAGUCCAAAGGAGAAGAAGCAGAGGUCAGAGGAGCCCAACAAAACAAUCCAGGUCCUGUGCCUGAGAAGAAGAGGAUGGUGCCUAUGAGACUUGCAGACAUCGACUGGAGCGGCUGCGCUGCUGUUUACGGCCGACCCUACAGGGACAGGGUGAUUCAUCUGCUUGCUCUGAGGGAUUACAAGGAGCCAGAGUUACUUGCUCGGCUGCAGAGAGAUGGAGUCAGGCCAAAGGACAAGGAUUCCCUUGGAAAGAUCCUUCAGCAGGUAGCCAACGUGAAUGCAAAGGAGAAUUCCUUUAGUCUGAAGGAACAUCUGUUUCAAACCCUUCAGAGUGAUUGGCCUGGCUACAGUAAAAUCGAAAGAAAGAGUUUGAAGUCAAUACUUUCUAGAAAAUCAGCUCCAUCUCAGAACCCCACCAGCAGCAGCCAAGCAACGUCUCCAAGGCCUUCUGAGACAGAUGCUCCAGCAAGACCUGCUCAGGGUAGCCCCAGCUACUCCGAGAUGAAGAGCAGGUGCCACAGGAGCAGUAGCUCCACAAAAAGCUGUCCCACAUUCAGCAAUGAGUAUCUGAAUUUGGCAAGCAGCAAGUCCUGGAGUCCUGGCACCAGUCUUCUGCUUCAGCAAAGGAUCAUCUAUGAGCUCCAGCUGUUUUAUUUUAAAAGAUGAUUAGCUUUUUAGGUUUCUUCAAGUUAGUAAUAAGGAGAUGAUUAUUUGUUAAAAAUGUAGGAUUAGUUAGUCUACGAUUAGAGACUUUAGUAUUGAACUUUAGCAAUAAAAAAGUUGCAUUAUUGUUAACUCCUUCUCUUAUCAUCAGUUUUAUCAUAUUUGGAGAGUCUUUCUUCUGGUCAAUUCUUCUCUUCAAGACUUAGCUCUGUCCACUGAAUGAAACUUAUCAGUAGAGAAUGGAAGCCCAGUACCUUUAUUAUAAAAUUGUGCACAUAUUAAGAAAAUAUUGUAGCAAAUGGAAUUUCUUUAUGACAAGAAUAAGCCUGUUUUCUGAUUUACUUGUUAAUUUAAAAUCUUUGCCUUAAGGGAUGGAAAGGGUAGAGGACAACCU